AUGGCCAUUGCCCAGAAACGAGUCAAAAUUGACAAUCCAAACCCUGAUCUUGUAUACUAUGAGGAAAGGAUUAUAAAAGCAAAGUUACCAGUCAAAGACCCAACCAAAGGUGAAUUCAUUUACUUUUUUCAGGUGGAUUUAUUUGCUCUAGUUUCGCGUAUAAUAACCGACGUUUUCGUGUCUAGUUCGUUUAGAGAGAAUUGUGGUUCUUUUAUUCAAAUUUGUGCAUCUAAGGACGGCUGGACGGGCAAAGCCUGGUGGUGGUAAAAAUAGAAGCAUACCACAACCAUCCAAUUAACAAGGUAUCUACUGCAUUAAAUAGUAAAUUAAAUCUCAUUAAUGAAUGCACUUGUCAUCAGAACAACCCCCCCCCCACACACACACACACACACAAAAAACAUAGGCAUAGGUGGUAAGGGGGUGGAUAAUGGGGCUAUAGACAUUUUAUUAUGCCCCAUGGGGUGGAGGCUUGUGCAAUUUUCGUCAACCUCAAGUAUUGGGAUCAUGCUAUCUUUGCAGCAUAUCUGUGAGCAGAUAUUUCUAUAUUGCUUUCCUAAGCAAAAAUUUGAAUAUGGAAAUACAAAUUACUUUGCUUUGGUCCACUUUAAAUAUAUACAAUCUCUGCACUUGCACAAUAGACAGAUUCAGAAAACACAGUGCGUUUCACUUGGCCCUAUGGGUGGGGCAUUUUCUUUCAUUAUAAGUUUCUAAAAAGUCUAUGUCCCAUGUUUCCCCAGGGUGGGGGGAUGGGGGUUUCUGUUGACAAGUGCAUGAUUAUUGAUCUUUAUUAUUUAUUAUAUAAUUAAUCUUAUUAAAUCAUCAUUUUAUAUGCUGUAUAAAUAUGUAAAUUCAUGCCGGGGGCAAAGGGCUGUCAAAUAUUAAACAAUUUGUUUGUGAACAAAUAACAUUGACCCUCAUAGUCAUACUUCAGAAGGGCUAACUAAACAAUUUUUGGCUGCGAGACCCUAAGAUUUUUAACCUUGGCUGAUAUCCAAGACUGUGGUAUGUUGCAUCUUGGCACCCUCAUGCACCCCACUUUUGCAGCUUAAGCCGUCUAAUGCCAUACUAUUUUUUGCCUGAAUGAGUUAAAAUUUAUUUAUAUUGUUCAUUCUGUUUUUAGGAAGCUUUUCAAUUCCUACCAAAGCAACGUAGACUUGAUCAACAGGAGUUGGAGGAAGUCAAAACGAUAUUAAGCACAAGGCCAAACAAGAAAAUCCUUCAAGACCAUAUCCGCCAAGACUGGAAAGUUGGUGACACUUAGAGAUAUUGCAAAUCAAGAUGUAAAAAUAAAAUCUACUAGAACCAACUUAGAAGAGAUUUUUGGUGACAUAUCAGGGACAGGUAACACAAUAUCAAAUCAUCAUUAAAGUGCAAAGCGAUCAGGCCUGGGAAAUAGUCAGAGCUGUCGCUAGGGGGGGGGGGUGACACUGCCUGAAAAUUGUUUGUGCAAAUGAAGGAUUUUGUUGGCAAAUAGAGAAUUGUAAAUGGAAAAUUUCUGGUAGGUAGUUAAUGAAAUGAAGGUUCAUUUAUCGUAAACCUGCAAAAAACCUGGUUCAUUUAUCGUAAACCUCCCCAAAAAAUACAAAUGUACAUAGCAUUGUGCGUUUAAGGGUCUUUUCUUUGGGGGGCGGAGGUGAUGGUAGCUGAAAAUUUUGUAGACGAUUGGGGGGGGGGGGGGGGGGGUAACCAAUUUUUCCGGAAAAUUUUUUUGCGGAACUUUUGGCAAAUGUACACCCCCUAACCAUGUCUCUUAGCAACGGCCAUGGAAAUAGCGACCUGCCUGUCAAAAAUAAUUUGUGUACAAGAUAAUGAAUAAUAAAAAUAGCAUAAUGAUGGCUGUGACCAGAUGCUUAUUUCCGGGCUUGUAAGUGACAAUAAUGUAAAAGUAAAUUACUUGUAAAUGACUGCAGGUAUAUUGGAAGCACAGGAAAUAUUUUUUUGUCUGUGCAAAAGACUUUGACUAGUUAGGAUGAUGUCCUAACUAGUCAAUCUUUGUUACAGAUAAAACGAUAACAGAUGAUGAUGGGGUACUGAAGUCCAUUUAUUAUCAAGAUGGGGAUAUGAAAGAAAAAUUUAGGCAUUUUCCUGAGUUAGUUAUGGUUGAUGUAACAUAUAAACUCAAUAAUUUAAGAAUGCCAGUGUUCCUGCAGCUUAUUGUUGAUGGCAAUGGUGAAAGUGAAAUUGUGUCUGUGUUUGUGGUUGUCAGUGAGAAUGCUAACACUAUGGCAGAACUUGUUGAAGUUUUCAAAAAGCACAACAGUGCCUGGGAGAAAGUGCGUACCAUAAUGACAGACAAAGAUUUCACAGAAAAAAUGGUUUAUGGUGAAGCAUUCCCAAAUGCAUGUCUGCAGUUGUGUCUGUUCCAUAUUUUACGGUCAAUCAAAAGACAGGUGAACACAGAGAAGAUGAGUAUAUCAUUAGACCAAAAGAAUCUCUGUCUAGAAAUCAUUCAAAAAAUUGCAUAUUCCGCAGGUAAUUCACAAUUGUGUUAACACAAUACAUUCAGGAACAUUGCAUGUUAAUGGUAACAGAAAAAUAUUGGCAAAAAUUUUUUUUUUUUAAAGUUAAGGUUAUUUACUAUUUAUCUUUGUAGGUCAAGAUGAUUAUCAAGAAAACAUACAGGCACUCUAUGACACCAAAGUGCAGCCAGUGAUUACAUACUUUGUCAACCAGUGUUGGGAACCAAUCAAGGAUCAGUGGGUUAUUGGUCUAAAACAAUCAUGUAACUACAGCAACAACACUACAAACAGAGUGGAGAGUAUCAACCAAAAACUCAAACAGGUAUAUAUAUAUACAGUGUAUAUAUAAUUCAGUCAAGGUUUGAGUGUUUGCCUCGCAACGCAAUGAUUAUUAACUUUACUAACUAAGGAGCUGUUUGUAUGGAAGCCAGACAGGCCCGCUUAGCAAGACAGCCUGGUAAGCGGGAUGAAUUUGUCUUUUGCUGUUUUAACAUUGUUUUGACAGUUGUUAAAAAUAGCUUGGGCAGCACCUUUAAACUUUCAUCCCGGUAAGUGAGAUCUAGCCCCUUACUACAUAACAAGCAUAGCAACUGGGGGGGGGGGGCUACAGCCCCCCAAUAAUUUGCUAAUAAUCAUUCAUUUUUCAAAAUCAUUCAUCAAUCUUUCUCAUUUAAUCCAUGAAAAACUGCAAAGAAUGAAGAUAUUACCCAUACUUUCCUGCAACCUAUCCAAUAUAUAGUUAAUUAAAUAUGUCUUCGCCCAUUUAGUACUACUGAAUUGUAAAUUUCGACAUACUAAAAUGCUGUUUUUUGACCAUCAGAAUUCUGUCAAAUCUUCCCCAAAGUCCAGGAAAUGGCAUUUCAGAGACUCUAAAUUUGAAGAUUUCCUAGGGCCUUUGGCCCUCGCUUUCAGCCUCCCCCCCCAAUCGUAAAGAGCUUCCUAUGGCCCUGUAAUGUAAUAAACAUAUUGCUGUUUGCUAGGUAAUUGCACGGUUUUCAAAUCUGAAGCAAUUUUUUGAGGAUCUUCAGCUGAUCAUUUGGUGCCUGAGACAAGAAAGAAACAGUCGUCUUGCCGAUUUAAUUCAUAAACGACCUUCCAUACCAUGCAAAUUUGAUGAUGCCAGGAAGUAUUGCAGUCUUCUCACACAACACGUUAAAACAGCUUGAUCUUGCUCCUAAAGUCCACAUUCCAGAUGUUACCAAUGAGUAUGUGACACUACAAACAUCAUCUGGACAAACCAAUACAACUGCCACAUCUUGUACAUAUCAGUUUGUAAUUAUGAACAAGCUACCAUGUCGACAUAUAUUUGCCUUAAGAGCUAAGCUUGGAAUGGACAAGUAUUUCGAGGGUAUGGUAGAUCGUUGAUGGCGUAUAGAUUUUUACAGGUAGGUUAUUAGGGGUUGGGGUAAGAAGUAUUACCAUACGAAAUUCAUUAUAUGUGAAAUCAAUAAUUUAUGUUUUAUUAAUUAUAGGACUACCAUAACCAACAAUACAAGUGAGCAACUAGCACUUAUUGUUGUUAAAAAUCCCCGUACAGCAGUUCUGUCUACUUCGCAAAAAUACAAGUGUGCUUUUAUAGAAGCUCAGAAGCUUGCUACUAUGGCCAGUGAGGUAUCAAUGGAAAGAUAUAAGCAACGACUUCAGGUGCUGCGCGACCUUGUGGGCAUGUGGGAAAAAGAUAAAGAUGCUUUUGUCAUCAACAUUGUAGAAGAGGUAACUAUUACCCAUCUAUAAAUAGGUUAUGAUAACAGUACUGUAUUAUAUUUUUAUGUAUGGUAUUAAAAAAAUGUGCAGGUACAACAGCAAGAUGCAUCAAACAUGGAGGAUACAGAAGUUCAGUCCCUACAAGACUGUCUCCCAUCCUCCCAAAAACAAACAGUAGCACAACAGUCAACAGGAGAUGAAGUCUCGGAGGUAUUAACUACAUAUUUUCGAUGAAACAUGUAUAUGUGUAAACAAACUGAUUUCAUGUUAAGAUGACUAGCAUUUACUACAACAGACAGCUGUAACCUGCCCUAUCACUGAUAUGCUAUUGAUAGUAAUAGUGUAAUAACUAUAUUUUCAUACAAAACUUGCAGAUACGGCAAGAAGACAAUGAAUCAAAUAUGCAACAGACAGAUGUCAGGCAAGCAUGUGAACAUCCACCUUCACAAGAACUAGAAUCACAACUACCUGUCUCACAGCAGCAGCCACCACAAAUUAAAGUAUCGGGGGUAUGUUUCCAAAAUAUAUUACAUGUCUCUAUAACCUUUGUUCUGAUGUUAUACAAAGAUCUCUUGUAACAAUGCCAUUGCAUGUCAAUUUAUUUUUAUGCAGAAAAAAGAGUUGGGACUUUGUGAUGUAAAGAUGCCUGCAAAAAUGAAAGUCAGAGGAAGACCAAAAGGCAUUGGCCAAACAGCGAUAGGGGUUCCAAAGAAGAGGAAAAGCAAAGAUGCCAAUCUCCCUACACCAUAUGCCAAAAAAUGUCGUGAGGAUAAAACCAGAUGUAAGCAAUUAAUCAAGAGUCUCCAGUUUAGACUCUUUAUUCUAUUCAGUCAUGCACUGUACCAUACCUUAUUAUUUCACCCCGUCUAA